AUGAUGAACUGGACAGGCGGCCAGCUGCAGCGCCAUCACACCCGCUCAGGCCUAUUGACCAAAGCUCAGAAGCAGAACUUUGCCAAAACGAGGCUCCAGAAGGGCACGGCCAUUGCUUCACCCUCCCCGUUCCGCAAUUUCCCUAGCAUCGGAUCAUUGGAGGGCUCGAGCACCCAAGACCAAGAUGUAGAGGAGGCAGAGACAAACAAAAAUCAAGCUACGGAACAGCCGGCCUUGAAUCUGACUGGGGGCCUACCCUCAAAUCGAGCCAAGGAGUUGAGCGAGGUCAAGCGCCAACUACUCAAAGACCCCGACUGGGCGGCCGUGUCUGCUACUCGUCCACUCGACAUCGCCUUCACACCAAUAGAGGAAAUAGAGCGGUUUGGAAAGCGACGGCGGCUGAAUGAGAAAGACAGAAGCCGGCUAGCAGCAACUAACAACCACGGGUCUACCUUUUUUGAGCUUCCUAAGCCACAACGGAGACUGAGAAACCCCUCUUCGGUGAUCGAUACCAUUGAAGACAUCCGGAUUGAGAUGAACGGACGGCCAGUAGCACAAUCCAAUGACAGCUCAGGGAUGGUUCUGAACAGCAUGUCUUCCCAGUCAAUGCUACUCGACCAUGAAGUAUCCUCUAUUGUCGACCAGGAUGUGGGGAAAGAGAAGUUGACAGCUACCUGGAUCAGGAAUCUGUAUCCUCGAUGA